AUGCUGCUGCUGGCGGCGGUGGCCGAGUGCGUAACCACGUGCUUCGUGCCGGGGUACACGCUGCGCUCCUGGGGGUUGAAUGUCGGCGGCACGGCGUUGAACUGGAUCGGACCUUUCCUGGACGGUGUAACCUACGGCUACGAGGACCGACUCAAGAAGGGAACGCAGGUCUCGCUCGCCUGCGUGCAGUUCCGGUCGGCGUUCUUGGGGGUCUUCACGUCGUACUCGUUCAUGGUCGACCACGCGGGAGAUCUCAGUAGCAGCAGCUUUGCAGCGGGGCCUCUGUACGUCUGCGCGUCGGUUCUGGGAGGCUGCGUGUGCUUCCGACUGGGAAAGCAAGCGGUCAUGGCUGCAGCCGCUCUGGGACCGCAUGGUUUCGUCCGUGACCUGAAUGACCCGCAGUUUAUCGGUCCGUUGCAAGUGGCGGACGGCGAGGAGUUGGUGCUCGGGAUCUUGAUGUCGUGCAGUGCAGUGUUGCUGUCGAACUACGUCUGCGAGCUCUUUCCUAAGCAACCGCCUCAACUGCGCAAUGCCGCGUCGCGCAAUGGGGGCCCUUUCAUUGAUUGGGGGUGCCUCUGCUGCAAUUUUCUUGCUUCUGUGCUGGCGGGGUUGACUUACCAGUUGAGUCGGAUAUCGCCUACUGGGUUGACCAACAAUCUUCUCGCGCUCAAGUUCGUCAGCUCCUUUUGUGGAUCGCUGUCAGUCUUCUCAGGAGCGGUUAGCAUCAUCUCGCGGCUGUGGCUUGCAGGAAACCGCCACUCGGCACUUUGGAAUCUCGCCUUGCAGCUACUUGUGGGGCUGCUCGUCAUACCAUACCUUUACAAACACGAUGCCACAUAA